AUGUCUUUCCUCUUCAACCUAGCCUCCUCCAUCACAAGUGCCUUGGAGGGCGACCCAACGCCUGCGUCUGAUGCUGUCGAUGGUGAUGACUCCGUCCAGGCUAAGUGGGAUACGACGGCAGUUUCGAAGGCCACCAGUGCCGCAAAGGAAGGUGCGGACUUCUUCUCAGCUCUGGCCGACAGCAUAGACCGCGACGUGAGCACAUAUGAUGUUGUGGAGGCAUUGAAAGAAUGCAAAGAGAGAAACUCCGCAUCACCUAAGGAACUGCGGCGCGACUCUCAUUUGAGCGAGUGCAUGGCCAGGCUUAGGGAGUGUGCGGAGACAUCUCUGGAGAGCUUACUGGUGAAUCAAGACAGUGGGAUCAACGAUUUAGGACUUUCCAAUAUGGGUAUCGUAAUAAGUCUGCUCACUCGAGUGUUGACUGGCGAGGAGGAUGCGCCUAUUGAACCCGAUGAUGCUUUCCAGGCCUACAUUGAAGAGAUCACAGAGAACGCCCUGGCAGUGGUUCAGAGGCUGUGGAAUCAUCUGGAGGCUGGAGGCGGUGAUGAAGUUGACUGGUCCUCUACUGUCUCUCUUGUGAUGAGUCGUUCGGCGAACGGGACGACUUUUAUAAGAUCUUUGGAGGUUUGUAUAAAUGCAGCGUGUAGAAUUUGCAACUCUAUCGUACGACAGUCAGACAUGCUGGGCUUGGGCGCUCCUCGGGAGGCUCUUUCAGGGGCGCUAGUGCACUCGCCUUGUGCGAUAGGCUCCUUACUAGGCGCGAUAGCUACGUUGUCUACUGAGGACCAGCUGGAAGUCUCCGAGCUCGAGCCGGCACCGGGCAGAAGUAACCUGUCGCAGCCCUUGGUCGUAGCGGCGUCUUCGGCCUGCCUUUACCAGCUAGCAGUGAAUGAAGGGUGUAGGAAGUACAUAAUAGAAACGGGGCUGUUGGAGCCUCUGGUAGAUCUAUGUAGGAUGGUGGUAGAGUCGAUGAGCUCUGAAGUUAGCGAAGAAAUGGGAGGAGUGUUGGCAUCGAUGGUGUCAUGUGUGACCUGUUUUGAAUCUGAAGUUGUACGGAGUACAUCAGGCAGUGCAGAAUUGAGGAGGGCGGCGUUGAAGACUCUUUCGGAGACGGUCGCGUCCAACGUGGUAGCUGAUUCGCCUGAAGUUGUCCAGUGGCUGUCGCGGUUGUCGAAGCAUCUCGGCAUUGCUGAGGACUGUGGGCCUGAGAUGAUAGGAUAUGCUGUCAAUGCUAUGCUGACUUCUUCAUCAUCUGAGGAGAUUGUCAAUUCGAUCCGCAGUGAUAUGAUGGAUGAACUGUGUGGGGCUCCUGUGGGGCUGGCGAAGUACUUGUGCACAGCGCCAGAGGUUGUUGAUUCGGCCCUCCAGGGUUGGAAAAUGUCGCCGCAGCGAGCCGAUAUUACGCUGAGGGCGUUGUUGGCAGCGAAGCAAAGACAGGCUGAGGUGGCAGAGAUAUAUUUCGAGGGUAUAUCAUCUCUGGUGAAGACAGUCGCGGAUGUUGGUAGUGUUCAGGAAGAGGAGGGAGAGAACGAUCAAUAUGCCUUCCUGCUUCCUCAAGCGUUGCGGCUGAUCUUCCUAUGGGCGGCGGGAUCGUCGUAUGGAGGGGAACUGCAUGAAUACGUGUGCGGUGAGGUUGGGAAUUCCCCAAUACUGAUACCGACUCUGACGAGGCUUGCAUCGCGUAUACCCAACCAAGGAAAGAAGGAUGUCUACAUUUCCGGCCUCUCAUGUGCUGUUCUCGGCGCUGUCAUAGUGAGCGGCAAGAGCGCCGUCGUCCAGGAAGCUGUGGAAACGAAGGUCACGGUGAAGACGUUCGUGGGCAAUCUGAGCGGCCUUCUACAGUUGAAGUACCAUAGAGGAGAUGGAGAGCUGUUCGAUAGAGAUGCACCGAGCAUUUGGAGUGAUCUCCAGCGGGUUCUUGAUGCGGCGAAGAAGUGCUUCUUACAAGGGCUCUUAUCGAAGGCGGAAUCGAGCGGCAACAUGAGUGAGAAGAGCGUGGAAGUGUCGACCGAUAGCGGGAAUGGCGUCCCUAGUAUUCGGGCUGACGAGGAGGGCGAGGAGCCAGCUGCUGAGGGGGGCAUGUCCAAUGCACAGAUGAAGAAGAUCGUUGCGGGUUAUCAGUCCAUCAUCAGUGCCCAUGAGCAGGAACUCACCGAGUUGCGGAAAGAGGUUGACAGGGUCCAUGCAGAGAACGAUAAAUUGAAGAACUCGAUACAAGCCCAAGGCAUAAAAAUGAAUGAGGCGGGCGACUGCGAUGCCACCAUGGCUCUCGUUGACCGAGUCGCGAAGAGCCUCCGAGGGAAAAUUGAUGAUUUAAGCAAGCAACUUGCACAAGCCCAGGCACAGACAGCUUCGAAAGAUGCUAAGAUGUAUCGAGAGCUCCUAGCGAACGAUAACGAGAGGCGGACACGAAUGGUCGAGGCCUUAGGGAGACGCUGUGAGGAUUCAGAGGCAGCGAUUAACUCUCCUGUGUCGUACCGAGGAGGUGCGUCACCACAUGGAUAAGGAGCGAGAGUCGGUGCCUAUUGCCCUUUGUCACUUAUGAAUAUCGUGCAGCAGUACACUGUUUCUA